AUGUCGGCUUCUCCUUCCAACCUUCAGUCGACCAAGCGUCCUCUUGAGGACCCUUCGUCGCCAUCCGGCCCCAAUGACCAGCCUGAGGCCAAGCGCCCGGCGCUGGACAAAGUAGUCAAGAGCGAUGCCGAUGUCGAGGCGGAAACAGAUGUAUCCAGUAGCCAGGUUCCUACUGUCGAGGGUGCCAAGGAUACCCAGGGAGAUACUGUGGUCCCCGAUGCGCCCAAUGGCAAGGGUCUCCCUGUCGACACCCAACCCAUCCAAUCAACCGCUUCCCAGGCCGACCGAGCGGGUUCCGAUCAACCCCCCAGGACGAGUCGAGCUGGGUCCAUAUUCGUGCGCCCGGAGGCAGCCACCGUGAUUGGAAAGGGAGGUGAGAACGUGUCCCAGAUUCGUCGUCUGUCCGGUGCCAAGUGCACUGUCAGUGAUUAUUCUCGGGGUGCAGUGGAGCGUAUCCUGACCGUCAGCGGUCCCCAGGAUGCUGCUGCCAAGGCGUUUGGUUUGAUCAUCCGUACCCUUAACAAUGAACCUCUAGAGGCCGCUUCUACUGCACAGUCCAAGACGUACCCUCUGCGUUUGCUAAUUCCUCACAUUCUAAUUGGCUCCAUCAUCGGCAAGGGUGGCAGCCGCAUUCGUGAGAUCCAGGAAGCUUCCGGUGCCCGCCUGAACGCCUCGGAUGCUUGCCUCCCUCUGUCCACGGAACGGUCCCUCGUUAUCCUCGGUGUUGCGGAUGCCGUUCACAUUGCGACCUACUAUGUCGCCGUCACCUUGGUCGAGCAGCUGUCUGAACGUUAUGGCGGUCCCGCGGCUUCGGCAUAUGCCACUCGCAGCGGUGGUCCCGCUGGUGCUGUCCCUGGUGGUAUGCAGGUUGUUCCGUACGUUCCUCAGCCCGCCGGCGGCCAAUACGGCCACCCCGAGACUUUCAAGCGUCACCACCCUCACCCCAACCGUGCCGGUGGUGGUGCGUAUGGUGUUCCCUACUUGCACGGCCAGCCAGCUCCUGCUCCUGUCCCUCAGACCCCAAUGCACUUCCCCGCCGCUCCCCAGGCCCCUUACGGUGGCGCAGGCCCCCACCAGCCCGCUCCCUUCGUUGGCGGUCCUCAGCAGCCGACCCCUGGCCGUGGACCUCCAACCGCCCCUGCUCCUGUUGGCGCUGCCAUGCCCGGUCAGCCACUGACUCAGCAGAUCUACAUCCCGAAUGACAUGGUUGGCGCCAUCAUCGGCAAGGGUGGUGCUAAAAUUAACGAGAUACGUCACCUCAGCGGCAGUGUGAUCAAGAUCAAUGAGCCCCAGGAGAGCAGCAAUGAGCGCCUGGUUACUAUCACUGGUACCGCGGAGUGCAACCAGAUGGCCCUGUACAUGCUCUAUUCCCGACUUGGUUCGUCUCCCCCGUCCCCAGGCGACACUUUUCGUGCCCAAUUUCUAACGGAUGGAUUAGAGAGCGAAAAGCACCGGAUCUAA